AGGACUACUGGAGGGAGUCAGCGAACUGCGGUUCGCGACACAUUGUCAGAGACGUCACAUACAGUGAAAACAACCAAGUGCAGCAAUGAGCCUACUCUCUAAACUUUCCCUGCUCUUGCUGGGCCUCCUGCUGCUGCAGGGUCACCUUACCUGGGCAAAGCGUGGAGGGGGGUUCAAGUCUAGCUUUGGCUUUGGCAAGAAGCCCUCUACUUCAAGCAGGACCAACACGGGAGGGUCAUCACGAAGACCGUCGCAGUCCCAGCCGGGUAACUACCCCAGGCAACCGCAGAGUCCUGGAGGUGGCUACCCAGCUGGUGGAGGAUAUCCAGCCGCAGGUGGCUACCCAGCUGGUGGAGGAUAUCCAGCCGCAGGUGGCUACCCGGCUGGUGGAGGAUAUCCAGCUGCAGGUGGCUACCCGGCUGGUGGGCGAUAUCCAGCUGCAGGUGGCUACCCAGCUGGGGGAGGCUACCCCAACCAGUAUCCUGGAGGAUACCCAGCAAGAGGAGGUGUGAACCCAGGUGGCUACCCAAACCAGUACGGGGGCGCAGCCUAUCCCGGGGGUUACCCCAACAGGGGUGGGCCUGGCUGGGGGCAGCAAGGGGGAUACCCUGGGGCCUAUCCGGGGGGCUACCCAGCAGGGGCGGGAGGCUAUCCUAACUGGAACCCCAACAACCAGAUCCUGAGCCCACGCUAUGGAGGAGGCUAUGGCUACGGAGGUGGAGGGUAUGGCAUGGGAGGCUCUCCCUUCUCCCGCUCUGUGCAAGGCAUGGGCCUGGGCCCCUCCACGAAUUCUAAGGGCUUUGGGAAGCAGGCCGCGUUGGCAGCGGGGGUGGGGGCGAUGGCUGGCAUGGCAGUGGGAUACGGCUUGGGCCGGUUCCCACGGCCUCACUUCCACUUCCACAGCCCCCAGGAAGAGUACUAUUACAACCACUACAUGUACCGCCGCUAUGGCUCGCGCUCCACAGACCAGAACGACUUUGGCCGUGACUACCGCUUCAAGGAGCCUCCGCAGUCCUACGACAACUUCAUGGACAGCUGCAUGAAGAGAUCUGACUUGCUCCCGGGACAGGAUGGCAGCCCCCAGAACAUACAGGGGGAUGCUCCGGCUGUACAGAGCAUGCAGAACGACGAUCCGAAUGCAGGUGAGGGCGCAGCCAGUCUUUCCACCCCGGUGCCAGCAGUAGCAGCUGAGAACAGCACGUCAAGCAGCAACGUCACGGAGGGCAGUGAAGGAAAGGCCAGCACCACCACAGCGGAGCCUGUCCCUCCGGCCGGCGAAGCAGAGCCCGGCCCUCCGGCCGGCGGAGAAAAGACAGACGAGGGCGACGACACUGUGAGCAUCAUGGAGAUCGGCUACCCGGAGCUGAUCGAGCAGCUGAAGGCCCGGCGCUGCGUGGAACUCUAUAUGGUGUACUCCGAGCGCUACCUGGAGAAACAGACCGCUGAGCGCAGCAACGACAACCCCAGGGGGAGUGGGGGACAGCAGCGCCCCCUCCACCAGGGACUGGUGCUGCUCUUCACCUCCACCUUCAUGCUCCUUGGCAGCACUGUCCUGCUGCAGUAAAGGAAACACACAGGGGCAGCGUGACAUGUUAUGCACAGACGCCACAAUGCCAGGGGAUGUUAGUUCCAGCUUUCUCAACCUUACACAAGGAAGCGGCUCAGGACUUUUAUUCUGGUUUUUUUUUUUCUGGGUUGUAGUUAUCUUGCGUAUUAGGGCCACACUUUAACAAGAUUAUGUCUGCUACCGGUGUACUGUAGCGCCUUUUGUGUCCAGCUGUCCCAAAGCAUUGAACACUCCAGCACAGGGUAAGGUAGCUUAUCCUCACGCAUGUGCAUGACUACUGUACAUGUUCUAUCAACUACAGACUGCAAAAAUAAUGUGAAAGAAUUUGACUCCAAUAUAAAGAUUGGGACUAAAGAGACUAAAGAACACCAUGGUUCCAGCGUGUGGAAAGAGGGAGUCUGAGACACCAUUGGUUUGGAGGGUAUUAUCCAUGGGCCUUUAGACAUUAAGCUUAAUCUGGUUGACAGUUGAGUUUCACUUUAGUAUAACAGCAGUCACUUUUGCACUUCUUUUGUCAGUGAUUUCAGGAGAGCUUUUGGAGAUAGAGCAUUUACUCACUGUUAUACACUGAUCUUGGACCUGCUGUGGUUUGUGUAUAUAUACAGUAUAAAGAAACAUAUAUAUGUAUUUAAAAUAUCUCAUGUGUGGCUGGAAGUGUAAGAAAAUACAUUUUGUUGUGUGUGAUGUACAGUACAAAGAGCUGAAUUUUAGUGGACGAUUAUUAUGGACAAUUAUUGUCAAGGUAGCUCUGAUGUUUAAUAUGACCAAGAUGGUAUAGAUGGGUAUAAAUGUCACACAAAACAAUGUUGCUGUGAUACUGGGUCAUAUUAUAGAGUAAAAAUAUAUACUGAAUGAAGAGCAAUGGCUUAAAUAGGUACGCUUAACAAAGUACUAUAGCCUAUAUAUUACGCUUCAGCUGUAUGUGUAACAGUAGAAUGACGUAUAUGGAAACCAGAUUCAUGUAGAUACUUGUUAUGCAGGUUUACUUAUUUUUACGUCAUAUCAAAGACAAAAAUGACAUUCAUCUGCAUUCCACAAUUGUAAUUUAUUUCAGUAUCAGACAGUGUCAGACAUCAGCACAAUGCUUUCAACUGUCUUUCAAGAUUAAUUUAAAACCAAGACCAAGACAGUCCAAGACUGAAUUUAGAGUAAAUGCAUAUACGAGGAAAACUUUGUACAAAUUUGUUCAUAGAUGAGAUUCAUUUCUGUUUGUGUGUUUCAGUUAAUUUUGUGUUUGAAUAUUGUAUGUUCCCAAGAUCAAAUAUACAAACGCUCACAUCCAAGCUGGCAACGGCAGUGUAUAGAUAAUUACUGCAGAGACUUUGAUAUUCUCUUGCAUGUUCUCACAUGUUCACCAAGUUAAUAAUAUUGAUGAGACACAAUAAGAUUGCAUUUGCCUGAAUUUUUAAAUUAAGAUGCAUUUGAAGACUGGUCUUGGUCUUAAUAAUCUCAUGGUGGAAAAUUUUAAUGAUCUGUCUCAUCCUUAACUCCCAUGAAAGUUGCAUUUUCCCCAUGUUUGCUAUACACCUGAGCAGCCCACAGAAAUCAUGCACACUUGGAGCGCGGCAGCAGUAUUGAGAGCCACAGCAGCGCCCAGUGGUACUCCUCCAUCAUCUCAAUGUCCCUGCUCCAUUUUCUCAGUCGCCUGGAUCUGUCUUUGCACUGCCAUGUAAAAGUGAAGAACACUGCACUGAGCAAACAGUUCUUGCGCAAACUGGCUCAAAACUCACACACUUGUUUAAACUUGUUUAAUGCAACCACAUUAACAAAAUCAAAUUUUGCAUUUGAAGGCAUUGCAGGAGUCAUUUCCUUUAAGUGUGGCUGUUUGUGGUGUGCUUGAUCAUGACUCAUUUUAAUAGAUGUCUGUUUGAACUGUAAUGCUCUAGUAUACUGAAAGAAACAGAAGGUACGCUGUACUAGGAUAAUAUGCACCCACCAAACGCAGUGUGUUUAUUGCUGUUACUGUUUAAUGUGUCCUUGUAUUUCUUUUUUUCCUUCCUUCUUUGCUUGAUCUCUGGCCUCUCUCCCCCUUUUCCAGGGUGUAGUUUGCAAGUGCUCUUAUUUUUAUAGACUCUCCUAUGCUUUAUUUGAGGAGAGAAUGUAUUGUGAAUCCCAGGGCCUUUUUCCUCUAAAGGUCUGUAGUUUAAAUGUAGUCUGUACAUUUGCAAUGUACUGUGCAGAAAAUUUCAGUUAUUGAUGUGUGGCAGAGAAGAAUGGAUUAAUAACUUCUUUGUCUGCCACACAGUGCUGGAAAAAUGCAGUCAAUUAAGUGCAAAAUUUGUAGAAUCUAGCAUUUUAUAAAGCAGAUGCUGCUCACAUUUUUGUUCAUAGAGGGAUUUCAGCUGAACUUUAUACAUCAAAUCAAAGGUAAGAUGAUACAGGGUGUUGUAUCAUAAUAUUGUAAAUUGUAUAACAUAGCGUUGUAGGUUAUGAUACACAAUGUGAUACAGAGUUAAAGUUAUUACUCGUUUUGGAAUAUAGAAUGAAGUAAAAUGCAUCUUGGAGCAUCGAAAAUAUACUGGCAUCUGAAUAUGUACAUUUGUGUCACUAAUUAUUUGAAUGAAAUACGAGCGAUGGUGUCCAGUCUGAAGUUGAAUUGAAAUUUAGGCCUGUUUUCACUCCAAACUAUGUAGUGGUGCAUGCAGCAAAGUACAAUUGAAAAUGUUAUUGAUGAUUGUACCUCAGAAUUUCUUGGAUAACCAGCUGGCACAACAACAGUUGUGGCAAUAUUGUUUGGAGUUGCCAGGGGACCUGACAUGGCACAUGCAGAUAGUUGUUGAACUGGAAGCUGGAGAUCUGCGCUUGAAAUGCUCACUUUCCAGGGAAACACUAACAUAUUUAGGACAUUUUAGUCAUUAGUCAGACACAUGUUGAAUCUUCAUUUUAAUAAAAAAAAUUAGAAUGUGCAUAUUUAACUUGUAUUCUACACUCUGAAGGCCCUUAGUUUGCAAGUGUUUGCAUUGUACUUACAACUGCAUUCAGUC